AUGAUUAUCUCCUUUUCUAUCUCCGUCUCAUUCUUUCGUUUAAUUAACAUCUCCCUUCAGAUUACUUUACAUCUUUCUAUCUAUCUAUCUAUUCUAUCUAUCUAUCUAUCUAUUCUCAGCCUGUUCAUAUCUAUCCUAUCUAUCUAUUAUCUCAUCUAUCAAUCUAAAUCUAUCUAUCUAUUCAUUAUCUAUCUAUCUAUCUAUCUAAUCUAUCUAUCUAUCUAUCUAUCUAUCUAUCUAGUCUGUUCAAUAUCUAUCUAUCUAUCUAUCUAUCUAUCAAUCCCAAUCUAUUCAUCUAUCUAUCUAUCUAUCUAUCUAUCUAUCUUUCUAUCUAUCUAUCUCAGUCUAAUCUAUCUAUCUAUCUAUCUAUCUAUCUAUCUAUCUAUCUCAUCUUCUGUUCACAUCUAUCUAUCUAUCUAUCUAUCUAUCUAUCUAUCUAUCUAUCUAUCUAUCUCAGUCAGUUGUCUUCUAUCUAUCUAUCUAUCUUUCUAUCUAUCUAUCUAUCUUAUCUGUUCAAUCUAUCUAUCUAUCUAUCUAUCUAUCUAUCUAUCUAUCUUCAUCUAUCUCUAUCUAUCUAUCUCAGUCUACUAUUAUCUAUCUAUCUAUCUAUCUAUCUAUCUAUCUAUCUAUCUCAGUCUAUUCACAUCUAUCUAUCUAUCUAUCUAUCUAUCUAUUAUCUAUCUAUCUAUCUAUCUAUCUAAUAUUAACCUGUUUUUUUUUUUCUUUCUCUGUGUUAUCUGCUCUACCUAUCUUUAUCUCAUUCAAUCCUUUCUCUUUUCUUUCUUUUCUUUCUUUCUUUCUUUCUUUCUUUUUUCUUUCUUUCUUUCCAUUUCUUAUUCCUCAGUUCAUCCUUUUUUUUUCUUUUCUUUCUUUCUUUUCUUUUCUUUCUUUCUUUCUUUUUUCCAUCUGUCUUAUUCCUCGGUUCAUCCUUUUGUUCUUUCUUUUUUCUUUCUUUUCUUUCUUUCUUUUUUCCAUUUCUUUCAGUUCUUUUUGUUCUUUUUCUUUCUUUCUUUCUUUCUUUCUUUCCAUCUGAUUCAUUCCUCAGUUCAUCCUUUUGUUCUUUCUUUCUUUCUUUCUUUCUUUCUUUCUUUCUUUCUUUUCUUUUUCUUUCAUUUUCCUACUGUCUUUCUUCCCGAAUAUUAUACAGUGCAUGGUAGUGAUGCAUUGUUUGCAGCCAGAGAAGUUUUCAAAUCCUUGGGGGUCGUUAAAUAUUUGGGGUCUGGUUCAAAUAAGUUGGAGUCUGUGGUUCUCAGUAAAAUGAAUUUUGAAUCUCUUGUUCGUGAACUUCUAUUAGUAAAACAAUAUCGGGUAGAAAUUUAUCGAUGUAAAAGCAAAAAUGAUUGGUCUCUGGAUUUUAAAGCAUCUCCAGGUAAUUUGUCUCAGUUUGAAGACAUUCUUUUUACCAACAUUGACAUGUCAUCAUCUACAGGUGUUAUUGCUAUCAAACUUGCAACAGAAAAUGGGCAGAAGAUUGUUGGCAUUGGGUAUGCAGAAAUACUUACACACAAACUCUCAGUCUGUGAAUUUAUUGAUAAUGAUCAAUUCUCUAACUUAGAGGCUUUAAUUGUACAGUUGGGACCCAAGGAAUGUGUUGUCUGUUCAAAUGAGAUAAGUGAUAAUACUUGGUUGAAACAAGUUGUUAACCGCAGCGGGCUUAUGGUGACAGAAAAAAAGAAAGGUGACUUUCAGAAUAAAGAUAUUGUACAAGAUCUCAACAGAUUGCUUAAGUUCAAAAAAGGUGAUCAACCAAAUAGUGCAGCACUGCCUGAAGUUGAUAAAAAUGUUGCUAUGGCUAGCUUGUCUGCUUUAAUCAAAUACCUUGAAUUACUGUCAGAUGAAAACUAUUUUGGCCAGUUCCAAUUGUCUACUUUUGAUCUGAAGCAGUAUAUGAAACUGGAUGCAGCAGCUGUGCGAGCUCUUAAUAUUUACCCCAACACAUAUGAAGGAGGAAAUAAGAACCAAAGCAUUCUGGGUUUGUUAAAUAAAUGUCGAACAGCAUCUGGUCAACGUUUGCUUACUCAAUGGGUGAAGCAACCACUUGUUGAUCUCCACAAGAUAGAGGAGAGGCUUAAUCUAGUGGAAGCAUUUUUCAAGGAUACGGAACUUCGUCAAACACUUCAUGAGGACCAUUUACGAAAGGUUCCAGACUUUCAGCGUUUGGCUAAGAAAUUUGAACGUAAAAAAGCUACUCUCCAGGAUUGUUAUAAAGUCUAUCAAUCAUUGGGGAAGAUGCCACAUCUUAUUGAAGCACUUGAAAAAACAGGUACAGAGCACAAAAAUUUAUUGAUGCAGUUGUACAGUAAUCCUAUUAAGGAACUUCUGGUUGAUUUCAUAAAAUUCCAAGAGAUGAUAGAAAGCACUCUGGAUAUGGAGCAAGUGGAGAACCAUGAAUUUAUGAUUAAACCUGAAUUUGAUGAAACAUUAACUGCUUUACGAGAAAAGCUUGAUGAAGUGGAAUCUGAUAUUAAGGCCCAGUUAAAUAAGGUUGCACGGGACUUGGGUGUAGAACCCAACAAAACACUUAAACUUGAAUCUAACAGUCAACUGGGAUAUUUUUUCAGAGUAACACGAAAGGAAGAAAAACUGAUUAGGAACAACAAAUGUUUUUUAACAAUUGACACCAACAAGAAUGGAGUGCGCUUUCACAGCACAGGCUUACGUCAACUAAAUGAAGAAUAUGUUCAAAAUCGCCAAGAUUACGAAGAACAACAGAAAAGCGUUGUUACUGGAAUCAUUGACAUUGCAGCUGGUUAUGCUGAACCGAUGUUGUUGUUGAAUGAUAUCAUUGCUCAAUUGGAUGUCAUUGUCAGUUUGGCCCAUGUUUCUGCUUGUGCACCAGUCCCUUAUGUCCGUCCAAAGUUGCUUGAAAAUGGUUCUGGAAUUCUUCGAUUGAAAGAAGCUCGUCAUCCUUGUCUAGAGAUGCAAGAUGAUGUCUCUUUUAUUCCUAAUGAUGUGGAGUUUGUGAAAGAUAAACAGAUGUUCCAUAUUAUCACUGGACCAAAUAUGGGUGGCAAGUCAACUUACAUCAGAUCGGUGGGGUGCAUUUUACUUUUGGCACAGCUUGGCUGUUUUGUUCCCUGUGAUGAAGCUGAGAUAUCAACUGUAGACUGCAUUUUGGCUCGGGUUGGAGCAGGAGACAGCCAGCUGAAAGGAGUGUCCACAUUCAUGUCAGAAAUGCUUGAAACUGCAUCGAUUCUGAGAUCUGCAACUGAGAAUUCUUUAAUUAUUAUUGAUGAACUUGGACGUGGCACAUCAACUUAUGAUGGAUUUGGUUUGGCUUGGGCAAUUUCAGAGUACAUUUCAACAAAAAUCCAGCCGUUUUGUCUUUUUGCUACACAUUUCCAUGAAUUGACUGCUCUUGCAGAUGAAGUGCCAACUGUGAAUAAUUUGCAUGUCACAGCAUUAACCACUAAUGAGACAUUGACUCUUCUCUACAAAGUCAAACAAGGAGUUUGUGAUCAGAGUUUUGGGAUCCAUGUUGCUGAAUUAGCUUAUUUUCCGAAACCAGUCAUUGAGUAUGCCCAAAAGAAAGCGCAGGAACUUGAAGACUUUCAAAAUAUUGAUCUGAAAAGUGUUGACUUGGCUGGAGAUGAUGAGCCAGCUAAAAAGAAAAGAAAACUUGAGAAACAGGAAGGUGAGCAAAUAAUUAAGGACUUCUUGUCAGCCAUAAAGAUAUUGCCUCUUUCAUCAUUGACACCUCAGGAACUCAAGGAAGAAGUUGAGAAACUCAAAGAUGAAGUGAAAGCCAAAAACAAUCUUUAUAUUAAAGAUGUUCUAUCUGUGAAUUGA